UUGUUUUGCCUAGUGAUGGUGUUCAUUGACAAAUAGUAAAUAUCCCCUGAAUGAAAUAUAUUCGUUAUCGCCACUUCGCACUGCGCAUAAACGCUAAACGACAGCUUGUAUCACAAAACGUGAACAAAACCAAAACAAAUGGUGGCGCCAGCUAGCACUCUCCAAAACAACACAAAUUCCGACGACGAUGACGCCGUGCGGUCGGCGCCAACUUCCAUGCUGGUGCUGGACUCCAAGCGGAAGAGCGCCUUCCUCCCCUACCGUCCACAGUCCACUGUGCUCACCAAUCUGCAGCGCGGCAACACAGAGGCCACCUUCUGUCCCGUGGAAGUGUCUCUCUCGUUUCACGAACGAGCUGGCCAGGGCGAGAUCACCGAGGAGCAGGUGACGGCAGAGCGAGCGCGCAAGCAGGACAUUGAUCACAAAGACGAGCAUGGCUUCACGGCCCUCCAUUGGGCCGCCUCGUACGGCCAGUUGGUGUCCGUGCAGCUGCUUGUGGCAGCUGGGGCCAAUGUAAACUUCAUGGCCCCGGAUCUGGUCAGUCCCGUUCUCUUGGCGGCUGCUGGUGGCCACAACGAAAUCGUUCGCUUCCUUCUGGAUCAUGGCGCGGACUCUGGGCACAUGGAUAUUGUGGGCAACACUGCGCUGAUGUACGCAGCGGCUGGCAACCAUCCGCAUACGUGCAACGAGCUGCUGGCCAGGGACUUGGAUUUGAGUGCUACCAACGAGAAUGGGGAGACGGCGUACUCCCUGGCCGUGGAGCACGGAGCCCCGUUGGCCCAGGCACUACUGGAGCAGUACAUGACGGCCAUCAUAACGGCGGGAGCAUUCGGAAGUAUUUAA